CCGGGAGCGAGCCGGAGGAAGCGAGCGGGCGGGCGAGUGAGCGCGGCGGCGGCGGCGGCACGGGCCGGGGAGCCGCGCAGACGCGGAGAUGCCCGAAUUCCUGGAAGACCCGUCGGUCCUGACGAAGGACAAGUUGAAGAGUGAGUUGGUCGCCAACAACGUGACGCUGCCGGCCGGGGAGCAGCGCAAAGACGUGUACGUGCAGCUCUACCUGCAGCACCUCACGACGCGCAACCGGCCGCCGCCGCUGGCCGCCGGCGGCGCCAACAGCAAGGGGCCGCCCGACUUCUCCAGCGACGAGGAGCGCGAGCCCACCCCGGUCCUCGGCGCCGGCGCCGCCGCGGGCCGCGGCCGCGCCACCGUCGGCAGGAAAGCCACAAAGAAAACUGAUAAAUCCAGAGUAGAAGAUAAAGAUGACGUUGAUGUAACUGAGCUCUCUAAUGAAGAUCUUCUGGAUCAGCUUGUAAAAUAUGGAGUAAAUCCUGGUCCUAUUGUGGGAACAACCAGAAAGCUCUAUGAGAAAAAGCUGUUAAAACUGAGGGAACAAGGACCAGAAUCAAGAUCUUCUACUCCUCUUCCAACAAUCUCUUCUUCAGCAGAAAAUACAAGACAGAAUGGAAGUAAUGACUCUGACAGAUACAGUGACAAUGAAGAAGGAAAGAAGAAAGAACACAAGAAAGUGAAGUCCACUAGGGGUUUUGUUCCUUUUUCUGAACUUCCAACUACUCCCUCUGGUGGAUUUUUUCAGGGUAUCUCUUUUCCUGAAAUCUCCACCCGUCCUCCUUUGGGCAGGACUGAACCACAGGCAGCUAAGAAAGUACAUACUUCAAAGGGAGAUACACCUAGAGAGUCUCUUGUUGCCACAACCUUGCCUGACAAGAGACAGGUGCAGAAAUUAGCCUCUGGAGAGAGAUCAGUUAUUUCUUCCAAAUCUAGCCAUGGUAGAUGCUUAGAAAAAAGUUCUCCAUCAUCUUCUCAGCCUGACCUUGCUGCCAUGUUGGUUUCAGCUACAGCUUCUCCUUCAGUGAUUCGAGAAACCACUACUACUUACUCUAAAGACAUAGUAGAAAAUAUUUGCCAUGGAGGGAAAGGUAGAAUUCAGCCGUUGCAUCCUGAGAGGUCUGAUAAUUCAGGUCAUUCAGUUCUCUCCAGUGAAAGAGAAGUACUACAAGAGUCAAAGAGGUCACAGGUAAUAUCUCCACCACUUGCUCAGGCAAUCAGAGAUUAUGUCAAUUCUCUGCUAGUCCAGAGUGGAGUCGGUAGUUUGCCAGGAACCUCUAACUCUGUACCCACCUUGGAUAUAGAAAGCAUAUGCAAGAAAAUUGGCCAGUCUGAUCUUCAAGAAACUGAAACUAUGUCUCCUCCACAAAAGUUGUCUAGACUCAGUGAGAAGUCAGUAGGGAAAGGGGAUUCAGGUUCCUCUAUGGCAUCUCAGAACGUACCUGAAUCAGAACAGAUGUCUUCUUUGGCUAAAACCGUUGUGUCUCAUUCACUUACUACCUUAGGCAUAGAUAUGUCUAAGCAAUCACAGAGUGAUAAAAUAGAACUGUCCUCAGAACUAUCCUUUCCCUUCCAUGAGUCUAUUUUAAAAGUAAUUGAAGAGGAGUGGCAACAAAUUGACAAGCAGCUGCCUUCAUUGGCAUGCAAGUAUCCAAUUUCUUCCAGAGAGGCAACACAGAUACUAUCAGUUCCAAAAGUAGAUGAUGAAAUCCUAGAGUUUGUUUCUGCAGCCACCCCACCAGCAGGUAAUCAGGCAGCCUCCACUGAGUCUUGUAAUAAACACUUGGACCUAACACUCUGUAAAACUUACGAAGCUGCAGCAUCAGCAUUACGGAUUGCAACCCACACUGCUUUUGUAGCUAAGGCUAUACAGGCAGACAUCAGUCAAGCUGCACAAAUUCUUAGUUCAGAUCCUAGUUGUGCACACCAGGCACUCAACAUUCUAAGCAAAACAUACGAUGCAGCCUCGUUUCUUUGUGAAGCUUCAUUUGAUGAAGUGAAGAUGGCUGCCUGUACCAUGGGAUGUUCCACUGCUGGUCGCCGUCACCUUUGGUUGAAGGAUUGCAAAAUUAAUUCAGCAUCUAAGAACAAGCUGACGGUUGCCCCCUUUAAAGGUGGAACAUUAUUUGGAGGAGAAGUACACAAAGUAAUUAAAAAGCGUGGCAAUAAACACUAAUAGUCAAAAACAAACACAUCUAUCUUACCUUUGAUUUAGAGAACUUAGAGCUUUUCUAGGCUCUUUUAUGCCAAAACUUUCUUUCUGGAUUUGGGAUUGAGCUAGUAAUAUAUAAAAAUAAUUUCAUAGAAUUGCUUUUUAUUUUUAAGGUUUGCAGAGAGCUCAGAAAAACACUUUUAAGCUUUAGAGAUCAUGUAUUUGUCUCAAAUCAUUCACUGUUACUAUACUCCUAACUUUUUAAAACUAAGAAAACUCCUGUAACAAAUACACGUCUCCACUGUUUUUAACAGUAAUAACCCUUGAUACCUAGGAUAGAAUUAAACACUUGCACAUUCCAAACAAUGUUUUUUUUUUUCUGAAUAUCUUUCACUUUCUAGCAAUUUUCACACUUUUGUUCUUUUUGUCUGCAGCAUUGUUUGUAAUAUUCUAGAUCAGUUCAGCUCAAAAGUAUGAGUCCAUAACUCUUAUACAGAUAAGCAUGAGACUGUUUGAGUUUAAGUAGCUAUGGGUGUAGUUCAGUAGUAAGAGCAUAUGCUUAACAUGUAGGAGGCUCUGGGUUCAUUUCCCAGCACCAAAAGAAAUUCUUUUAAGAAAAUGAAAUUAAAGAAAUAAAAGAACGUUGAGGUGUUUUAAGCCAAAGAUAGGAUGUAUUUUUGCAGUAAGCUUUUACUGAUAAGAAAGCAGUAUUCAGUGUACCUUCUCAAAUAGGUGUCUCAUCUCUUCCUGCACGGGUAGCUAUCAGUUCAUGCAUGGGUCAUACUAGUCUGGACCACACUUUGAGGAACUCUGCUUCUGCCAUUGUGCAUGCUCAUUCAUCAUCAUUAUUUUGUCAGAUAAAUGAAACACUAGAAAGAUGGGAUUUCUUUUAAUAUAUAUAAUUUCUUUCAUGUAUGUUGUAUUUUGUGGAUUAUUAUGGCUUACCAAUCUGUAUGGUAAAAAGGACCUUCUUUAAAAAAAAAGUCCUGAGAAAUCGUACUUUCUUCCAGUGUCUGUAUAAAGCAAUGUGUAUAUUCUGUUUUCAUUUCUCUGAUUGUAAGGUAAGGGUGUUUAUCUAGAGGCAUGUGAAAAGUAACAUAACAAAUAUGGUGCCAUGGAUACUCAUCUAGCCAUUACCUUGUUCUUAGACUACACAUUCCAUCUUUGCAGUUUUCUGGAGUAAUUUUGUUGUGUGUUUUCCAAAAUGUACAUGUGUCCAUGUGCCUAAGUUCUGUGUGACUUAAAAAAAUGUAUUCCUGUAGAAUGCUUCUGCAAAUUCAAUAAAGUUGGUUAAAUUUGAA